AUGAACAACUCCCUAGAAUACUUAGCAUAUCCUGCAAUUGUUGCUAAUCACAGGCAAAGCACAACCUUUAAGAAGAAACUGGAUGUCGGCCACCAUGUGUCUCACAAGAACAGAGUGGAAGUAGCUAAGCCUACAGUUGAUAACAAACCUCCAGCGGCACAUACCCACCAUAUUUUAAAACUAAGUAAAUUACAGGGUGAACAAAAGAGAUUUAAUAAAAUUGAAUAUGAAAACAAGCAACUAUGUCAAAAAAUUGCUGAUGCUCAACGUGGUCCCGCUAAGGUGGAUUGCUGGAACGAAUAUUUUUCCAAGAGCUUAAAUAGAGAAACUCGCAACAGGGAACUAGUGAGAAUUACUGUGGAGAAUCAAGGAAUUCUUCGAAGACUUGGAGACCGUAAACCUCACUAUGACCGCAGGGCAUCAGAAAUAGACUGGCAGAAUUCCAGACGAUAUAUAAGAAAUACUACAAGAUAUCUUCUGUACAAGAAGGAUUAGAAAAAUCAGCAUGGGGAAAUAAAACCCAAAGGAGGCUUGGUGAUCUCAAGUCAACUUGGAAUAUCAUGGAACUCCUAAAUGGAUAAAUGACUGGAUCUUUGGAAGCUACAAUAAAACUUGCCACACGAAAUGAGUAAGUUACAUUAUAUUCCUCAUCUGAAUCUAGAGACAGAAACGGAGCCUGCCGCCAGAAAAAAAAAGAUGCAAGCACAUUUUUUAUUGUUUUUUUUUUAAACAAAGGACAUUUCCACACUCAGACCUUAUCACCCUUUUAGACAUA